GUCAGGGCGUGGAUCCUACCCAGUUCUUAAGGUCUAGGGUUUCCCACCUGUGGUGCGCUCCCCCUCAAGCCGCCGCAGAGAGUAGCGGAGAGAAUCAAGAAAACAUGGCUGAUCGUUUCAGACCUGGUCACGGUGGUGGUGGGAGAGAUGGAGGAGGCGGGAGCAACUGGAGGCUGACGCAUGGAUUUGGGAGAGAUCCAGCGUACGAUCAUGGCUCCAGGCGCGUCCGAGACCUCCUUUCAGAAAUUUCCCAGGUAACCAGCACAACCAAUCUUAUGGAAGAAGGGAGGGGUUUGGAGACUGGAAUCAGAAUAGCGGGAAUUGGGAUGCGCGUCCUCCUCCCCGCAGGCCUUUUUUUCAGAGUAAUUUGCCCACAGCGGCCAGUACUUAUCAGCAGAAGGUGAACACAGUUGUCAGUGGAGGAGGAGGAGGCAGCGACGCUCAAGUUUCCAAAGCAAAUUCAACUGGUGCUGUGUUGACAGGGAAUCAAGGACCUGUGGUCGUUUCUGAGAGUAAAACACCAACCAAUGACAAGAUCGUGUGUCACAAAUGUGGAAAGAAAGGGCAUAACUCCAGGGGCUGCGAAGCAAAAGUUAAGUGCGUGAUUUGUUCCAAAGAUACUCACAUCUUUGACUUUUGUGCCUGGCUUCAUCAGAAAAAACCAGUUGCCACGUUGGUUGGAUUUGGAGGGGAAGGGCUCGGCAUCUUUGUGGCUGAGCACGCCAAAGAGAUGAUGGGUGCUGGUAAGAAUGACGCAGUGGCCCUGGUGAGAUUAAGAGAGAGUUGUGAUCUGGAAAUUGAAGCUGAAACCUUGAUCAAAUGUCUGGCGAAAACAUAUCCGUGGAGAUGGGACUGGAAAGCUAAGAAGGUUUCUGAUGGGGUGUUCUUGGUAAAUUUUCCCUCAACUGCAAGAAUCAACGAAGCUGCUGUGUAUGACUGGGUACCUCUGAAGGGUGGAAACAUUACAGUGAACGUCAGGGUUUGGAAUGAUGACGCAAUGGCAGUGGGCAAACUAUCAGUGGUCUGGAUUAGAGCAAAAGGAGUUCCAAAAAGCAUGAAGAAUUACCAUGGUCUGUGUGAGGUUGGAUCAACUAUUGGUUACCUCCAAGCUGUCGACAUGGAGCUGAUGAGCAAAACUGGUCUUGUCCGACUCAAAGUUGCUGUGGUAGAUCACACCAAAAUCCCCAGAUGGACCAAACUGACAACUCCAGACCUCAUGGUAUUCAGAAUUUUCUUUGAGGUUGAAGAAGUGGUGGAAAAUGGCUGGGCUAAAGAUGAAGAUGAACUAUCACAAGGAUAUGAGGAGUGGAUGGAUUUUCAGCAAGAAGAGGAGGAAAGCAGAGAGGCUAAAAAAGCAAAGACCAAUGAAGAAGGAGUGGCCAAGAACCAGUUGUGUGCAAGCACAAGGACCAGGAUAGCUGCGGAAGAGAGAGAUACUGCUCUGAAAGAACAGGAAGCUGCUAAUAUAUUGAUGUAUAGCAAAAAUGUUAACAAAGACAAGUCGGGUAAUAUGGAAGAGGAAGUGGGAUCAGCGUCUGUUAAUGGGGAAGGGGAAAAACUGAGGGGGAAAAGUUGCUAAAUGAUGGAUCCGGUGAGGCUAUGGAAGAGGAAUAUGAAGCAUCUCAGUCCAUUAGUCUUGGCACUAAACUUGGGAUAGCAAAUCCAGAGGGGAGGAAUAAAGAAAAUGAAAAAGUUAACAAUCUUUGACAGAGCCAUGACUUUAGCCAGAGCCAAAAACAUGGUUCUAUCUGAAGGUGAAGGCGGACGCAAAAAUGGAGCUGCAACGGGGCGCAAAGCUGCUGGAUCGAGUCGCCAGUGAUGUUUUAGUCAAGACAAGGAUG